ACAGCGGCGGAGGUGGAGCGGGGAGAGGCGUUAGGCCGGACGGCUAAAACGCGCCGUUAAAGUGGGGGAGAGAUUGCGCGGAGCCCACGCGAGCCCUGGGACGCCGGAGACAACGGGGCUCUUGGGAAGGCGCGGAGCCCGGGGGAGCCGGGGAUGUGCGCGUGGGCCGUGUCCGCAGGGUCUCCCCGCCUCCGCCACCUUUCUUGGGUGGCUCUCCGCCUCGUCCUCCCUCCAAGGGCCGUUGGUACAUUCCUAGUGACUCCAAGCGCUUAAAAGGGGCCCGGGAGGAUGAACCCCACAGAUCUGAACCUGAUUUGUGUGCGCGCCGCGUCUCCAACGAGCCCGGAUCCACUGCGCUGCCAGGGGCCUGGGGGUGGGUCUCUUGCUGUCUCUGCGACGACAUCCUUACGUUUUGGCACUCUAAUGCUGGGUUUGUGCGUGUGUGUCUGCUUAGCGGUCUAGCGGGCUGUUAGGCUCCCUCGCCCCCAGCUCCUUGGCUUGCUCAGCUCCUCCACCGCAGCCCAGCAGUGAGACGCGCGCGCCACCAGCUCCCCACGAGAUGGAGCAGACCGAAGUGCUGAAGCCACGGACCCUGGCCGAUCUGAUCCGCAUCCUGCACCAGCUCUUCGCCGGCGAUGAGGUCAAUGUAGAGGAGGUGCAGGCCAUCAUGGAAGCCUACGAGAGCGACCCCACCGAGUGGGCAAUGUACGCCAAGUUCGACCAGUACAGGUAUACCCGAAAUCUUGUGGAUCAAGGAAAUGGAAAAUUUAAUUUGAUGAUUCUCUGUUGGGGUGAAGGACAUGGCAGCAGUAUUCAUGAUCAUACCAACUCCCACUGCUUUCUGAAGAUGCUACAGGGAAAUCUAAAGGAGACAUUAUUUGCCUGGCCUGACAAAAAAUCCAAUGAGAUGGUCAAGAAGUCUGAAAGAGUCUUGAGGGAAAACCAGUGUGCCUACAUCAAUGAUUCCAUUGGCUUACAUCGAGUAGAGAACAUCAGCCAUACGGAACCUGCCGUGAGCCUUCACUUGUACAGUCCACCUUUUGAUACAUGCCAUGCCUUUGAUCAAAGAACAGGACAUAAAAACAAAGUCACAAUGACAUUCCAUAGUAAAUUUGGAAUCAGAACUCCAAAUGCAAUUUCGGGCUCGCUGGAGAACAACUAAGGAGCACCAAACCCUCUGAGGUUUUACUUUAAGGCUCGCUGUAUGUUUGCCUUGGACAAAAAGGCUGCCUACCACGUGCUAUCCAGUAAUAAUAUACUUAAAUAAGCCAAUACUUAGAUCUACUGUAAGGCAGAUGCUAAUUAUAAGGCAUUAAGUAAGCAAAUAGUGCCCUCAGCUACUGCAGAAGAAAAGUCCCACUGAGGAAAAGAAAGUCUUGGGAUUUUUAAAGGCAAGUUUUCAAGUGCUCUCAUAGUUCUAUCCUCUAAUUCCAUUAAAUCCAUACUAGGAGCGUCAGUGAGGGUUUUCAUAGCUUUUGGAAAUACUUUGGUUUCUGAACUAUAAUUAGCAAGAUGUAAAAACAGAAACGUCAAACGUCAAAUGUUUGCUUUGUUACCUGGAGGACUAAAUGUAGAUGUCUUUAGUAUACUUUGUAUGUUCUUAAUAUUGGAAGAUAAUUUUGUGAAUCUGUAGAUUUUAUUUUUUCAGUCUUACCUUACAAAUUUCUUUUCUAUGAAUAAUAGAGGAACUUACGGCACUCUGCCAUUUGGUAAUGAAAGGAAGUGCAGAGGAUUUAGAAAAGUACAUGCUCCCCAGACCACAACAAACCAAAACAUAAACUCAUGUCUGUGUCCCGUGGUCAUAGUCAAAGAUUUUAUACUGCUAAAAUUGCCAAAUAAUUUUAAUAAAGUGGAUUUGAACACAA